UGUUUUAUUGUUUCAUUACAGAAAUGCGAAUAAUAUCCGGCGAUGUUUCCUCACACUACUGGGAAACACCCUACUCACAGCCAUAUUUUGAUAAUUCCUCAAGGCGUGAGGUUACCUCAAUUGUGGGCCAGGCAGCAUUGCUGCAAUGUCGUGUACGAAAUUUAGGAGAUCGAGCUAAGGUCUCCUGGAUACGAAAACGAGAUUUACACAUCUUAACAGUCGGCAUUCUGACCUACACAAAUGAUCAACGAUUUCAAUCGCUACACACUGAGGGAUCCGAUGAAUGGACACUGCGUAUAUCAUCACCCCAGCCAAGAGAUUCGGGAACCUAUGAAUGUCAGGUGUCAACGGAGCCGAAAAUUAGCCAAGGAUUCCGGCUAAAUGUAGUAGUCUCUCGUGCUAAAAUUCUUGGUAAUCCAGAGCUAUUCAUUAAAAGUGGCAGUGACAUUAACCUGACAUGUUUGGCAAUGCAAUCACCGAUACCACCCUCAUUUAUCUAUUGGUACAAGGGCAAACGUUUAAUGAACUAUUCACAGCGUGGCGGCAUUAGUGUAAUAACCGAAAGGACAACGCGCACCAGUAAACUUUUAAUAUCGAAAGCAACACCAGCUGAUUCGGGAAAUUAUACAUGUUCGCCAAGUAGUUCAGAUUCGGCGUCAGUGGUGGUACACGUUAUCAAUGGUGAACAUCCCGCAGCCAUGCAACAUGGCAAUAAUAGUGCUACAACACUUAUACCCUCCUAUCGACGACGUCGAACACUGUCAACCACAUCAUUCAACGUAUUGUUGGGUUGA